CAGUACCUAUUUUCAACGCCAAUCCCAAUGGUAUAUCCGGUCAUCCGGUAUAUCGAGGUCCACGUUUAGAAAAUGCAUCACCAUCAUUUGCAUUUGUCAUUUCUAAUCUCUACUGCAAUUUAAUUUUAGUUCCUGGCUUAAAAUUUCGUGAACAUAAGGAAUGAAUUGACUUGAUACUAUUUGCUUUAGUACUAAAACUAAUAUUGGAAGUUUGAGAAUGGAAGCAAAACAAGAUGAAACUAAGGAGCCUUUAAUGGGAGAUACUGAAAGACAAACCUUUUUCCAAAAUCCAGAAGACAAACACUUCAGUGUGAUAAAUGAAAGGGGAGAUCAUAAUUCAAAUGGUACGGCUAAUAUUCACGUUGUUACGGAAGCACUGCUGGCAGGAGAAUCUGGCAGGACAUCUACCGCUCAACAAAACCCAAUCUCGGUACCACUAUCUUCAGCUACAGCUGUGGCUAAAAAUAUUACUAACGUAUCUAACCAAGAUACCAGCAAUAAAUGGAAACAAACCGAAACACCUGAUAGUGAGAUCAUUGUUAUCGACAAUAACGAUGAACGUGAAAGCAUUGGUUCAGGCUUAGAAUCUGAUGUUGAGGAUAAUGACAGCGAUGCUGGAGAAUCUUCCCGGCAUCCUAUCAUUAAAGAAUACGAUCCCAGCAUUGACAAUAAUUUGCCAGAGACAGUGACCCUACUUCCAGGAUCUGGAGGUAGUAAAUUGUAUCUCGUAGGAACAGCACAUUUCAGUCUGGAAAGCCAAAAUGAUGUUGCCAAGAUAAUACAAGCUGUUCAACCUCAUAUAGUCAUGGUUGAAUUGUGCGAGGCAAGGGUGCAUGUCUUACAACUUGAUGAAAAAACAAUACUCCAAGAAGCACAAGAACUUAGUUUUGAAAGUAUGCGCAAUGCAAUUCGACAAAAUGGGCUUUUCAAUGGGUUGAUGUACAUUCUUUUGUUGAACAUGUCUGCUCAUCUUACCAAGGAGCUUGGGAUGGCUCCCGGUGGAGAAUUUCGUCGCGCUUUUGUUGAGGCAAGGAAAGUACCAAAUUGUUUGGUACAUAUGGGUGAUCGACCAAUCAACAUUACUAUACAGCGAGCGUUAAGCUCACUGUCUUGGUGGCAGACGUUCAAACUUGGAUGGCAUCUGAUUACAUCUAAAGGGCCAAUUAGUAGAGAAGAAGUAGAACGUUGCAAACGCCGUGAUCUUCUGGAAGAAAUGCUUGCUGAGAUGACAGGGGAGUUUCCAGCACUUGGCGAAGUUUUUGUCAAAGAGCGAGACCUUUACCUAACACACUCCCUCCAAUUAGCGUGUCUUCCUCAACGUACAGCAACUAGCUAUAUGCCAGUUCGGGUAGUAGGUGUUGUAGGAAUUGGGCACGUAUCUGGAAUAGUACAGCAGUGGGGUAAAGUGAAAACCACCGAAAUCCCGCCAAUUUUAAGAAUACCUCCACCAUCCCUGUCAAGCAAAGUCUUACGUUUUACGAUUAAAGCUUCGUUUAUCGGCGCUGUGAUUUUCAUAGGCUAUAAGAUCACCCGAAUUCCAUCUGGCGAAACUAUUCAAUCACUCAAGUCAUCGGUUCAAGGACUUUGGAAGGUCAGUACAACCCGAUAAACCACCACUGUUCUUCAUCUUCUACGUGCUAACACAUUUUUUCACAAAUUUUCUUUUAUUUUUCUGCUGCAUUCAUCUGAAGUAUCUGUUGAGUUGCUUCAAAUUUUUUGAUCCAAAUUCAUUGUAACAAUGGAAGCUAAAGGUUGUGAAGAUCAGUACGAGCAUUUACAGGCAAACAUUAUUUAUGUGGUCACGAA